AUGCUCUCGUCGGCAUGGAACAUUGUGUCUUCCUGCUGUUUUCGCCGGGACUGGUCCCAGCGCUGGCGUCAGGAAGGGAAACCCGAGCUGGGGGCCGAAUUCGAGCACACGGACGACGGAGAACCGACUUCCCCGGUCGAGGCGCUUCUGUCUCUGCUGCCUCCGUUCCUUCCCUUGGCUCUGUGUAAGCCGUCCCUUCCGCUCCCUGUGGAAGUUGUCGUGUCACGGCGGCUCUUCCCGUUGGCGCGUUCGCAGCCGUCCCCUCUCUCCGGAUCGGACGCCGUUUUUCAGCUUCUCUGCGACUCCUCAGCCCCUCCGCUCCUUACCGCUCUCCACUUCAUGUUUGUGGCGGCAGCCGCAGGCGGAAGGGUGAGAUCCGCUUACUACGACCGAUCAGGGACGGAGCUCUUCCUUCUUCCUUUCUUCGAGGAUGAGGGAGAAGAGCCGGUUUACCUUUGCGUGUGCGAUGGCUGGGGGACGUUGGGGGCCGGGAGUCUCUUGUCUUGUGGCGAGGACGGGAGUGCGCCAGCAGAGCGCGACUUGGGGCGGCAUCUGCAGCGCCGCACUCGCAGUUGCCUCUUCGGGGCGUCUGACGGCAACGCCAGCGGAGAAAACUUGGUUUUAAAAGGGACACCAAAACCCGACACUCAGAGGAAUCACGUGUCGACAACGUCUUCUCACGACGAUGCUGUGGAGAACGGGACGGAGGCUUCGGGAGACAGCGCCGAAGGCCACGGUUUGGCGCCUGAGGCGCCCGGAGCUUGGCCGCCGAUCAGAGAGCGUCGAACCUGGGUCGGCCAUGAAACUGGGCUCGCGUUUGAAAAGGAAAAAGGCCAGCAGAACCCCCUGUCCCCUCAGGCUUCAGCGUACCCUGAGUUGUCGCCGGUUUUCCGCUCCGGCGCCGCUCCCUUUUUCGGUCCGCCGUGUCCGACCUGCGGAGGUCUCAGCCUCCGGAGAGAGGCCUGGGAACAGAUCCUCGCAGCUGCGGCCCACCACGUGGGCUUCCCGCCUCAGACGGCAACGCGCCUCUUUGAGCAUGUCGCGGAAGACAUGAGAAACCAAUUUCCAAGCUUGUCUUUCUCGCGUUCCACCUCUUCGUCUUUCCGCAGGUCCGUGAAGAAAGAGCAACACCAGCUGGCGCUUCGGCUCCUCUCGGUCCUUGCUUCGGCCGCCCGGGCUGCAGGCGCGGAAGUUGCGGCGGCUGCAGCGCAAGCCGCGGCGUCUUCCCCCGCGAACUUUUGCGUCAUCGGCGCGUUUUCCGACAAGUGGCUACCCAGGUCUUUCCAGGUGAAGGAAGUUGUGAUUCUCCCACCCUCUGCCUCCCUCAGCAUCGUCCAAACGCGCCGCAGCGCAGGACUCUUUGGCAUCACGGGAGACGCUUUUGGGCUUCGAAACGAAACCACGACGACGGUCCGCUCAGCCGCCGACGCGCUCGCCGCUGACCUGGCCCUCGCAGACGGUGGACCUGCCCGCGGGCCUUCUCCCGGACUCCCCGCGGGGUUUUCUCCCCUUACAGACUUUCCCAGCGUUCAAAGAAGCUUAGCGACGAUGCAACGAGCUCUCGACGAGCUCCAGGGGAUGCUGCCGUGUCAGUUCGUGAACCAGGAGCAGGCCUUUGUCUGCCGCGCGCGGGGCGUGGCGCUUGGAGGUCUCGUCGCUGGCGUGGGCCCCGAGGCACAAAAAGCGAGCGAUGUCGUUGCUCUCCAGAUCCUGCAAGAUCUGCUGGUUCGGCUACACGUGGCACCGCCUCACGGCCUCCUGACCCCGAGCAAACCUUCUAUCCUUAGGCAGUUAACCCCUGACCGGCUUCAGCAGAUUCUGCUCGACUGCAUGCGAGGCGUGGCCGCAGGCCUAGAACGCCCGCGGGCCUUUGCAUGUCCCCCGCCCGCUGCGUCCUCUCUCGCUCCCGGUCUCCUCCCCCUUGUCUCGGUACCCUUCUCGAAAGCGUUGUCUUGGACGGCUCUGGCAGCGCCAACGGCCGACGUUUCGGGGCCCAUCUUGCCUUCGGCGAUGGCCAAGCCGGCGCGCGGAGAGAUGCCAGGGCGGGGCAGCCUAAACACCGCCGGGGCGGCGUUCAACAGCUCAACGAGUGGAUGCGCCGCGUGCGUCUGCGUCGUCCACGAAGCGUCCAGGCGGCUCCUCGUCUGCCAAGUGGGCGAUGUGACGGCAGUCCUGGCGCGCCCCACUUUUGUGAAGACGCAGGCACUGCAGGAGAUUCACCGGGGGGAAGGGAAGGAGCAGGACGGAGACAGAGCGACGGCCUCGAGUGAGCGCCCGCGCCGAAAGGACCGGAAAGGCCGGUCCACAGAUGAGGACCGGUUCAGCCCACCGGAGGGGACGCCCAGGCAGAGAGGAGCGUCGGGGCAAACACAUGGAGGCAAGUCGAGCGGCGACGAAGGCGCAAGAGGAGAAGACGCCGCGAAAAUGUCCCGCUCGCGCGGCCGGUCCACAGGGAAAACGAACCGGCCAUCUGCAGUUUCGUUCGUGGAAAACGGAACCAGCAGAUGCCGGAGCAAGUCGCCGCUGCGCUCUCCAGCGGGAGCAGAGUCUGAUUUCUUCGGGCUUCCUGGGUAUUGCUCCGCGAUGGACAGAGAAACCAUCACCACAGGAUUCUCAUUCGAAGCCGUUGUCCUGACGCGCGAACACACACUCAGGGAAGCAAAGGAAUGUAAACGCGUGAUCAACGCAGUCCGAGACCAGACUCCGCGUGCAGACGAUGGGGCGCGCAGGCGCAGACGAGGCACCGAGCGAGUUCUCGCUUGCCAGCUGUGCGUCGCAGGCGCCCGUGGCCUUCCGGUACCGUACAUGGUUUUUCGCGUUCCGUAUGUCUCGCAUGGCAACCUUGUUGUGUGCGCCUACCGGGAGGUUGUAGGCGCCGUCCCACUGGGCCACGUCGAGGGUGCAUCCCCGUCUGUCCCCCGCGGAGCGGAGAAUGGAGCUAGGCUAGAUCCCCCCGGUGCGUCCGCCCUCGUGCCGGAUUCGACUCUCGAAGGUUCGGAAGAAGAGGCAGAUGCAGGGGGACGGAACCCUCCGUCUCCACUGGCGACGCGUGAAUGGUCGGGAGGCCGGGACCGCCGCACGAGUCGGGGGGGAACGCAAAAUGCGGGGAAUCCGAGCUUAGAAUCGAAGACUCGGCAGCUCCAGCACCAACUGCCUCAUCGACGCUUCCUUUCUGAAGGCCCCGCAGCUCUCUUCCUCUGCCCCGACACCGCGUGUCCCCCGCUUCGGUGUACACGUCUGCUCGGCAUGAUGGCCGCCCAGCAAUAUGGCGUUUGCAGCACACCCGAUGUCACCUCGGUCAACAUAAGCAAAGUUUCGUCCUUCGGCUUCGUACUGAUUGCCUCGUCAGUCAUAUGGGAUCUUUUGGAGCCGCAGGAAGCGGUCGAUUUGGUGGGUCACGAACUGCGAAGACAGCACGUCGAGGCGCUCCGUAGUGCGCACGAGCGGCGCCGUCGCAUCCGCCGCCAGCAGCACAUUUUUCUUCGUUUGGCACGUCGAAACCUCCAUUUCUCCCAGGAGGCGUCCCUGCGUUUGCUGGAUGAAAGGGAGGAAACGAAAGACAAAUCGCGUUGGGGAUCUUCCACUUCCCUGUCGCGAGGCGCACUCCGCCGCGCCCUCAGUUCUUCAGUUGCAGAGCUCUCGGCGGGGGGACUUUAUCGCUCCCUCAACAGCCAACGAGCCGCGCCUGCAGUGCCUUCUCGACAAGUCAGCGAAAGUGGAGAGUUUUCUUCGGUUCCUCCUAGACAAGUGGACGAGGACGGAAGGCGAGCACGGGACAGAAGUGACAACGAGGGGGGGGAGCGUGCGCUGCCACAGCCGCAGCUCGAAUCCCAGCGAUCCGGCGAGCGCUUCAGUUCUGGGGGUCCGACUUCAGGGCAAAACACCUUCCUCUCGGAGGAAGCAGCACGAGGCGCGAGUUCUCGCGCCAGUGGCACAGACGGAGGGAAAGGGGACGAAGCAGCGCGUGAAUAUCUGGCGGAUUCUCCCGAGCUGUCGUUCGCGCACUCGUCCCUUCGCGGCUCUUUCGCCUCAGGACGGACGGGUACGCUAAGACGGUGUCUCACUCGGGAAGAUUCAGUACUGCGGGAAGUUCGCGGGCGCGUCGACGCCGCAGCGGAGGCGUCCAGGCGCACCGCAGGCGCCGCUCGUGUCACUGCGGGUCUUUUUCGCGAGGAAGGCGAGGUGGACGAAUCGCGAGCGGAGACGUUUCCUAUCGGACUGGAUUUCCAGGCCGCUGCGACUCUCGUCGUUCAGCAGUUUAUGGAAGCGUGGCAAGUGCGCCGCGAGGGACUCAGCAUGCCGGACGCCACCGUCCUCGUGAUUCCUUUUCAGGGUCCGUCAAGGGGGUCAGCCGCUCGCACGUGGCAAGAAACCGACUCCGGCCGUAACCGAGGAGAGGCACAGGGAACAAAGAAACGCACGGCGAAAAGCCCUCGGAGAAAAGGCCUGGAGGUCCGGUGA